ACGUCAUGAUUGACGCCUCAGAAAACUCGGCAUCAAACUAGUGUUUUUCGAAGAGGGUGUGAGAAGUCAAGCGAUGGCGAGGAGUCACAUGCAACCAGUCAAGGCCAACCAGGAGCUCACUGAGGUCCUAAACCAGCUCUGGUGCCUGGAUACCAACCGCCUCAGACCAGGGAGUGAUUACAUAAUUUCCCUUCAGGGUAAAGCUGGUUAUGUGGCUCAGGGCAGUAACAAUGCCAGAGACAAGGCCAGUGCUCCGCUCUUCAAAUAUGUCAAUGAAGACAAACUCAAGAGUAUUAAGACGUAUGCAUGUUUCAUGAACUUGCUGGACAACUUUGAGAUGCCCACGGGUGUAUCAGAGACCGUCACUUCACAGGAGGUGGAAGAGAACAAGCUGUUUAUCGAUGCCAUACUGGAGACAGCUGUCAUGAAGUGUGCUCACAAAUAUCUGGUCAAGAAGGGACAAUCGCCGUCAGACCUGGGACAGUUCAAGAGACAGCUGUAUGACAUCUGGUUUCGCCUCUAUCACCGGGAAAGAGGUGGAGGUGAGGAUUCCUGUGGAUUUGAACAUGUGUUUGUUGGAGAAACCAAGUUUGGGAAGGAGAUCAUAGGUCUUCACAACUGGGUUCACUUCUAUAUGCAGGAAAAACUUGGCAAUGUUGACUACAAAGGCUACAAAGCAAGAGCCAACAAAGACACACCUGAUGAAGACGACCAUGUUCUGAACCUGCAGUUCAGUUGGAAGGGCUUGGUAAAGCCGGUUGGCAGCUCCUUCAUUGGGGUUAGUCCAGAGUUUGAGGUUGCUGUCUUCACUGUCCUCUUCCUCAUGUCGACUGAGAAGAUGACGUCUGUGGUGGUGAAAGUGGACGAGUAUAUGCUGGAGCUUGUUGUGUACCGGCAUGGGCGAUUUAUCGGCACAUCCUUCCCUAAACUGUUGAGCAGCAACAACAGGGAUUUGUAAUGUCGUGCCACACAGACUGUCAGCUGUCCAGUACAAAUUUGCCUAUGUUUUUGUUACACUUUAACAUCAUCUCCAUUUAGUAUGAUUUUUAAAAGACAUCUGGAUUAGAUUAUGUCUGCAUUAAACAUCAGAACUAAACUAAAACUUCCUGAUGUAGACUGAUAUCAUGAUAGGAAUAUAAGUUGUUAUUAAUCACUUAUCGUUCAUAUUCUGUGUAUUUUCAUAAACUAAAUAUCCUUUGUUUACAAAGCAGUGUUUGCAUUUUUGUUUUCCCCUGUUAGAAAAGAUAGAACAAACAGUUCGCAAGAUUUAGUGAGACACAACAAUAAAGCAGCA